ACGUCUUACUGGUUAGCGCAUGGUGCAUGGCAAUGGAAAAGGGUGGCAGCAGCUCUUGAAACUGCGGCAUUCUCUGGUUUGAACCUACGUUAGAUGCCAUUUUACCGCGCCAUGCCAUGCAUUCUCCGGCUUGAAACUAGGGUGUUUGGCCAUCUCACUGCCCGGUUUGACCUAGGUGUUACUUGAGCAAGCCUAUGCCCGGGGCAAAGCAUGGACUUGUAUUGAAGAGUUGUGCGCCGGACCUGCUAACGCAACGCAGGAACUUGCUCUUGGAAGUCUAUGGCAAGUACAGACCCAAUCAUGAGGCGAAGUUGAAGGAGGCGGAGAACCUCGCGAAGGUGCUGGAGCCGUUGGCGCUGACGGUGGGCGGCUACGACACCGCUGACAACUUUCUGCCGGCGGAGGAGUUUGGCCGAGAAAGGUAUGCUUCCCACGCAGAGUGGUAUUGGAUCCCAGUGAAUGGAGCGCCAAAGAAGCUGAGCAAGCCCAAGAAGGAUCCUCCGAUGAAGAAGGUGCUGCAGUUCUUAGGCGCCCAAGCACCGGAUCUACCACUUACGGUGCCUGACAUGCUGGAGAAGUGGGAAAUAGCCAUGAAGGAGAACCCCCCGCCAAAGCCGGAGCCAGAUCUCGGCGGCGUCUCCGACAUGGCCGGGCUAAGUGGCCUGGGUGACCUCAGUGACCUUGGCAGCCUUGGCGAGGCCCAAAACGUCAAGACCGAGCUGUGAGCCACAAGAAAGCUGCCUGCUGUGUGUCAAGGAGACCCCC